GCAGGUAGGGUGGGUAGGUACAUUUGCAUCAUCUGACUCCAGCACCAUUACAUGAUCCUGAAUAAGUAUUUGCUGAUUGAGAGGAGACCGUGACUGUGCAGUAUCGACAUGUUUGGAUUUACCAAGAAGGCUGGACAGUCAUUUGGUUUAUAGGAAAGUGUCCCGUUCAUUUCUGAUCCGUGGUGUUUGAUAAGUGGCAGAACUAUGGAGUAUCCUCUGGUGUGUGUUCUCUUCCUGGUGCUGCUCAAUUUCACUACAGAUGUCUCUGGCCAGGCUGUGGUUCCCUCUAUGAACCCCUUAGCUGUGGGAAGUAAUGUCACACUGAACCUAGUUCCCCAAAGCCCCAUCACCAUAGGGACCUGGUCAUAUGAAACUACAAUCAUCAUAAUUGUCUAUCCUGGUGGCAGUAGUGUGAGUAAAAUGUAUCAAGGCAGAAUCUCAUUCAACCACUCCUCCUCAGAGCUGUCCAUAAGCUCUCUCCAACUCAACGACUCAGGACGAUAUACUGUCCAGGGAAUGGAGCCAGUCCUGAACGCUGUGGUGACUUUGUCUGUCCAGGAGCUCAUUUCAAACCUGACUCUAAGGGCCAACGCCAUUGAUCUAGUGGAAUUGAACGAUACUGCCAUUUUCACCUGCUCCGUCUCCUCUGGCACUUCCCUCUCUUACCGCUGGCUGAAUGGCAGCUCAGAGGUAACAGCCAGUGACAGAGUUCGGCUUGGUGGUGGGAACAGCACUCUCACCAUAGUCAGUGUGACACGAUACGAUGAAGGGCCUUUCAGAUGUGAGGUCAUCAACGGAAUCAGCAAUGGCACCAGCCAGCCCAUUGGCCUCAAUGUUAGAUAUGGCCCAAGUAACCUCACCAUGAUGGUACUUCCUGAGAUGACCAUAGGACAUACAGCCUACAAUACGGGCUCUGACAUCACUCUGUCCUGCUCCGCUCAGUCCAAACCCGAUGUGUCCUACAAGUGGAUGUUUAAUGGGGCGUUCCUCAACGAGCAAAGCCCACAGCUCAGUCUGCAGAGCACCAGGGAGAACCAGACAGGAAGUUACGCCUGCUUAGCCCACAACAAUGUCACACUCCGAUUCGCCACCCUGACCACAAUGAUAAAGAUCGUGGAGCCGAUAUCAGCAGUUGCGUUGAACAGUGAUGGGAAGCCACCAAUACUGGAUCAGUCGUUCACUCUGCGGUGUGAGGUGACUGGACCUGUAGACUACAUUCGCUGGCUGAUGAACAGCCAGCUAAUCUCCCUAAACAACAGAACGAUCUUCUCUACGGACAACAAGACAAUGGUUAUCAACCCAAUCCAGUUUUCUGACAGUGGAGAAUAUCUCUGUGAGGCCUUUAAUGCUGUCAGCAACCUGAAGAGCAUGGCAUACAAGCUUGUGGUGAACUUUGGACCAGAGAGACCUGCUGUAACUAGUCCGGAUAUAGCGAUGACAGGACAAAGCGUGACCUUCAACUGCUCGGCCUCCUCUCAGCCUCUCAGCCAGUUCAGCUGGUUCUUCAAUGGCUCCCAGGUGGCAUCUGGCUCAGUGUAUGAGACUGGCUCACUGACCUUAGCCAGUCAUGGGGAGUACACCUGUGUGGCCUUCAACAACAUCACUGGCAGAAACAGCACUGUCUCCAAGAUGCUCACUGUUGUUGCACCUGUGACCAUGAGCAUUGUGAAAGUCAUUGGAGCCCAGCCAAUACUGAACGAGAAAUUCUCUCUGACCUGUGAGACCGCUGGAACGGUUUACUCCAUUCACUGGAUGAGGAACGGCUGGCCUCUGUAUGCUGACAACAGAACAGACUUCUCUAUGAACAACAAUACACUGACAUUCAACUCUGUCCAGCAUUCUGACAACGGAGACUAUCAGUGUUCUGCCUACAACCCCCUGAGCAACAUGACCAGCCCAGACUACAGACUGACCGUCAACUAUGGACCGGAGAUGCCUAUUAUAACAGGACCAGCAUUAGGAGAAACAGGACACAGCGUGAUCUUCAACUGCUCGGCCUCCUCUCAGCCUCUCAGCCAGUUCAGCUGGUUCUUCAAUGGUUCCCAGGUGGCGACUGGCUCAGUUUAUAAGAUUGGCUCACUGACCUUAGCCAGUCAUGGGGAGUACACCUGCGUGGCCUUCAACAACAUCACUUGCAGAAACAGCACUGUCUCCAAGAUGCUCACUGUUGUUGCACCUGUGACCAUGAGCAUUGUGAAAGUCAUUGGAGCCCAGCCAAUACUGAACGAGAAAUUCUCUCUGACCUGUGAGACCGCUGGAACGGUUUACUCCAUUCACUGGAUGAGGAACGGCUGGCCUCUGUAUGCUGACAACAGAACAGACUUCUCUAUGAACAACAAUACACUGACAUUGAACUCUGUCCAGCAUUCUGACAACGGAGACUAUCAGUGUUCUGCCUACAACCCCCUGAGCAACAUGACCAGCCCAGAAUACAGACUGACCGUCAACUAUGGUCCAGAGAGACCUGUUAUCACGAGUCCGGAUAUAGCGAUGACAGGACACAGCGUGACCUUCAACUGCUCGGCCUCCUCUCAGCCUCUCAGCCAGUUCAGCUGGUUCUUCAAUGGUUCCCAGGUGGCAACUGGCUCAGUGUAUAAGACUAGCCCACUGACCUUAGCCAGUCUUGGGGAGUACACCUGUGUGGCCUUCAACAACAUCACUGGAAGAAACAGCACUGUCUCCAAGAUGCUCACCGUCAUUGACCCAGUAACCAUGGCCACGGUGAAAGUCAUCGGUGCCCAGCCAAUAGCAGACUACAUGUUUACUCUGACCUGUGAGACCGCUGGAAGCAUUUACUCCAUUCACUGGAUGAUGAACGGCUGGCCUCUGUAUGCUGACAACAGAACAGACUUCUCUAUGAACAACAAUACACUGACAUUCAACUCUGUCCAGCAUUCUGACAACGGAGACUAUCAGUGUUCUGCCUACAACCCCUGAGCAACAUGAC